AAAUUCAGUCAGCUGACCUCCAAAGUAAAAAAAUGUCACUGAGACCAAAAAUCAAACACCUCAUAAGCGCUUUCCCCUCCGCCGGCCGCCAUUUCUCCCACCACCUAAACCGCCGCCCACAGCCACCAACGCCGAAGCAGGACCCAUACGCCCUACUCAAAGAGGAUCCCGUCCAAGUUCUAUCAGACCUCUGGGUCAAAUCAUUCUCCCAAACGAGAAAGCCCUUCCAAAACCUCACCGGCUUCCUCACAAAACUCGACCUCUGGGUCCUCGCCUAUCAGCGCGCCUGCGCUCAUGCAACCGGCUCCUACCCUCCCAAAAACGCAAUUCCCUCCCACACGCUCUCCAGCCUUGUCUCCCUCCGGGAUGCCGUCCUUCACUGCCAGUUCCGAUGGAAUUCGAAGCUCGAGCAGCUCAUCCGCAGCCCCAAGGAGAAGCCCGUCGCGUUACUCUCCAGACGGAGAAUUGAAUCCAUAUUGAGCUCUGGCGAUCCCCCGUUUCAGGACCGGGUGGUUCAGGAGGUGCUGUUGAUGAUUCUGGAACCUGUUUUUGAGCCGCUAUUUUCUGCGAAAUCCCACGCUUUCCGUCCAGGUAGGAACCCUCACACUGUUAUUAGAACAAUCAGGAGUAAUUUUGCUGGCUACUUGUGGUUUAUACGAGGCGAUUUAAGUGAGAUUUUUAGUAAUGUAAAUCCUAGUGUUGUAUUGGGAUGUGUUGGAGAAUCUGUGAAAGAUAAGAAGGUAUUGAGCUUGAUUAAAUCUGGGAUGAGAGAGGUAGGGAAAAAUCACAAGCAAUUGGAAGAUGAUGGCAAGAAUGUCAGUAGAAAGAAAAGAAAGAAGGGGCAGACGAGGAAGAGGAUAUUGAACGAUGACAAGCCUAAGCCCGACCCUUAUUGGUUGAGGGCGUUUUACGAUUUCUCUCCCGAGGAGGCUGCAGAGGUGCCUACUUAUGGCUAUUGUGGAAUUUUGAGCCCUCUGCUGAUGAAUGUUUGUCUGAAUGAGCUGGAUCAUAUGAUGGAAAGUAAGAUAGUAGAGUUUUUUAAGCCAUGUGAGACUGAUUCGAUAUGGAAGUAUUCGAUAAAUGAUGGCUGUCAUAAUCCUUCUUGGCCAGAGUUUGUACCCUCGAGUGGGAAGAAGAAAACUAGGAAAAUGGAUUAUAUUAGGUAUGCAGGCCACUUUCUAAUUGGUAUAAGGGGUCCUAGAGAGGAAGCUGUGGCAAUUAGGAAGGAAAUAAUCGAGUUUUGUGACAGAACAUUUGGGAUUAGGUUGGACAAUUCAAAAGUGGAAAUUGAGCAUAUAUCAAGGGGCAUUCAGUUUCUUGAUCAUAUUAUAUGCCGUAGAGUUAUACAUCCAACUCUUCGUUACACUGGAAGUGGUGGAAACAUUGUGAGCGAGAAAGGUGUUGGGACUUUGCUUUCGGUUACUGCUAGCCUCCAACAAUGUAUACGCCAGUUCAGGCGGCUUGCCUUUCUUAAGGGUGAUAAAGACCCCGAGCCACUACCUUGCACACCUAUGCUGUAUUCAGGCCAGGCGCACACCAAUUCCCAAAUGAAUAAAUUACUGGAGACUAUGGCUGAUUGGUACAGAUAUGCAGAUAACAGGAAGAAAAUCAUUGGGUUUUGUGCCUAUGUCAUCCGAAGCUCUCUGGCUAAGUUAUAUGCUGCAAGGUAUCGAUUGAAAUCCCGUGCUAAGGUGUAUAAGAUUGCUGCACGAGACCUUAGCCGUCCACUGAGGGAAAGUACUAACAACUCUGCCCCUGAGUACUCUGACCUCUUGCGAAUGGGACUUGUUGAUUCCAUUGAAGGCGUUCAAUUUUCUCACAUGUCGUUGAUCCCAUCUUGUGAUUAUACACCUUUCCCUAGGAAUUGGGUGCCUGAACAUGAGAAGUUGUUCCAGGAGUAUAUCAGAUUACAAGAUGCAAAAUUUUUCUGUGAACUCAACAAAUCAGUUAAACAACAAGGUUUAUGUUUGCCUCAAGACAAGAUAUCCGAGAUCGUGUGGGACUACAAAGUCCUUGGGUGUUAUAGUGACCGGUUUAGAAAUGAUAAAGGGACAAAAAAUACACCAUAGUGGGUAUCUUGAGCAACAUAAGUUUCUGUUUGGAUUGGACUGCCUUUAAAAUGAGGUAACUUUGCUCUUUCUACUGCAAUUUCAGAGCUAGCCUCCAACGAGUUUGUCUCAGUUUCCUGAUGCUCUUGUUCUCAUCUUCGGGUUCAAAGGCAGAGAUCGGCUGGUUGCGGGACAAACCAAGUGUAGUGGUAAAUUUGACUGUGUCGUCAGAGGUGACCCCAACGUGUACAUCGCUGACUGUAGCCGUGAUGAAGAACUGCUUCGCCUGGAGUCCUGUGAUAUUCUUCAAGUGAGAUUGAUCGAUGGAGGAUGUGAUCUGCGAAUCAUAUAUCAUACUCCCUAGGCCUGGGAAGUAGUGUUCCGUUUUCUCCUUCUGCUUCAACCAGAAAAACCCCGUGGAUCGGUUCAGGCCAACCUCCUCGACCUCACCGACAUGGAACACACCUUUCGGCACAGAGAAUUCCUCCAAGAGCUUCCCAAGGUUCUCCUUGCAUGCUUCUCCCUGGUAAAUCUCAGCUCCUUUGCUCUGAGUUUCUAGAA